ACUCUCAUUCCCACAGAAGUUGUGCUACCUUUUGGAUUGUUCGCAUUUUUGUAUACAUUUUAUUUAAUUUUUCUCGCUCCUAUCAGGUUGUUUAAAGUAAAUACCGAGAGUGAGAGAGGGAAGAAAAUAGAUUAAUUUUCCUCUCAUCUGUGCGGGAUUUUCUAACGCAUUGACUUUGCGUGUGCGGGAGUGGAAAUGUGCGGGUGGUUGAGCAUUGUGAUCAUUUGAGAAAAAUCACCACCAAAUCCCGCAAAAAAACCCAAAAAAGAUCACUCAUUGGAAGUGAUCGCGCAAUAGUGCAAAAAACCAAUAAAAUAAAUUGUGAAAGGACUCACAGUGACUUAAGAAAUUAAAUUAACGUGCAAAAAUGUUAACAGGAUGGCGAUUGACACUUUCACGGUUUUUUCUCAUACCCCAGCGGGUCAUUUUGUCCAUUAUGGGCUUCCUGGCCAUUGCAAAUGCAUACACAAUGCGAAUUUGCCUCUCUGUGGCCAUCACGGAGAUGGUAAAGAAGAACUAUGAGAAUGUAACGGUUGAAGAAGGAGAAUACUGCCCAGUACCACCAGGAAGUGGCGAUGAAGACGGUGGCGGGGAAUUUGAAUGGAGUGAGGAACUUCAGGGACUCAUCUUGUCUGCCUUCUACUGGGGCUACGUCGUUACGCAUGUACCUGGAGGGCUGCUGGCUGAGAAAUUUGGUGGGAAGUACACACUCUCGUUGGGAAUCUUCUCAACGGCAAUCUUCACACUCAUCACACCCGUUACCAUCGAAUGGGGUGGAUCUACCGCCCUAAUCAUCCUGAGAUUCCUGGAAGGUUUAGGCGAGGGUACAACCUUCCCAGCUCUUUCGGCUCUUCUUGCCCAGUGGAUUCCCCUUGGUGAGCGUAGUAAAUUGGGGGCACUCGUGUUUGGCGGUGGAUUGGUGGGAACAAUUCUUGGAAAUUCCAUUUCUGGUCUCCUGCUGCAUAAUAUCGAUGGCUGGGCAUCUGUCUUUUACUUCUUUGGUGGACUUGGGGUACUCUGGUUUGUGCUCUUUGUUCUCCUUUGCUACAGCAAUCCAGACAGUCAUCCUUUCAUAUCGGACGAGGAGAAGGAGUACCUGAAUAAGGAGCUGGGUGGUCUUAAGCGUGAUAAAACCCUCCCACCAACUCCAUGGCGGGCCAUCUUCACAAGUGGCCCCAUGUUGGCUCUCAUUUGUGCCCAAAUUGGUCACGAUUGGGGCUUCUUCAUCAUGGUAACGGAUCUCCCGAAAUACAUGAGCGACGUUCUGAGGUUCUCCAUCAAGGAAAAUGGCCUCUACUCAUCACUGCCCUAUGCUCUCAUGUGGAUUGUAGCCAUCCUCACGGGAUUCCUCAGUGAUUGGCUCAUUGCGAGGAAGUUCUUCUCCAUUACAGCAGCUAGAAAAUGGUUCACGGGUAUUGCAGCCGUUGGACCCGCCAUCUUUAUCGUUGCAGCGUCAUAUGCUGGAUGCGAUCGUUUACCCGUUGUCGCACUCUUUACCAUUGCCAUGGGUAUCAUGGGUACCUUCUACCCCGGCAUGAAGGUUAACCCACUUGAUUUGAGUCCCAACUACGCGGGCACCCUGAUGGCCAUUACAAAUGGAAUUGGCGCCAUUACGGGCAUCUUAGCACCUUACGUAGUUGGCGUCAUGACGCCCAACAGAAGUAUAACAGAAUGGCGUCUCGUCUUCUGGAUUGCCUUCAUAAUUUUCGUCGUCACAACGGUGGUUUACUCAAUUUGGGCAUCAGGCGAUGUUCAACCAUGGAAUACGCCCCAUCUCCUGAAUAAAUCCGUCGAGAAUGGUGAUGAGGAGGACGAGAAAGUGACUGAGUUGAAGAAAACCAAUCAUGAUUUAACCCUCAAAGAGGAGAUGCUAAAUAAACCGUACUAGUUAAAUUUUCCCCAUUAUUCAAUGAAAAUUCACAAAAGUCAUUCUGUGAGCACAGAGACAUUUAGGUUUAAAGCCAACAUGUCGUCGGAACGUUUUAUCCGACGCAUGAGACGUACAUUUUGUAUAAUUUAUAGCUUAUUAAGUCCUAAUUAAAUACUAUAUAGGAUUAUUAAGACACUCCAAUGCUGCUAAUGACGUAAGGAGAGAUAGUAUUUAUAGGCUAGAAUAUCUCAAGAGAUAAUUUUCUUCAACGAGAUCUCUGUGAGAGUUAAAAAAGUAGAAAAUAUUCAUAAUGAUAAGCUAAAGAUUUUUUAUGACUUUACUGGGGGUUUAAGGUUUUGACAAUGAAAACUCUUUCAUAUCAGUUUCUUAACAUUCAAGAUUAAGAAAGGAGGUUAUUCACUGUUGUAUGGAUUAAAUUCUUAAUUUGAUGGAAUAAUUGAGACACGGAGAAUUUUCUUGUGUAGACGUUCAAAAAAGAAUAAGAAUUUUUUAAUUUUCCUCAAUUUGGAUCUGGUGGGAAAAUCUGCUAAAGAUUUCACUAAAAAUGUAAAGAAUGACGUCACUAUUGUGUUUUUUUAUCUCUGCAUAAAACAUGAAAAUUCUUAGUAAAAAAUCAUGAAUGAAACAUUAGCAUAAAUCGCAUAAAUUCUUGAAACUUUGAAAGCAAGGAAAAUACACAGAUGACGUCAUUCUUUAUAUUUUUAUUCAAUUUUUGCUGGCUUUUCCAGCUGAUUUUAGUGUAAAAUGAAAAGUGUUUCUGAGGAUUUCUUUUUUUUUCAGAUCCUCUACAAGAUUAACCGUGUUUUAAUUACUUAAUCGAAUUAUGAUUAUCCACACAAUGGUAACUAAACUCCUUUUUUGAGCAAAACCUCUGAAGUAUCUCUGAUAAAAAGGUCUCAAUUUUGAACUUUGUUGACUCCCGGAAGAACUUUUAGAGGUCCACCUCGGAUAUAAAUAAAAUGAAUUUAUUAAAUGUAAAACAAGUCGUUAGCAUAAAUUUAAAUAAAUUGCUUAUGAGGUUUUUCCAAAAAUAAGAUUGUUAUGUGUUUAGAAUACUAAAUCUUCUUUUCUUUUAGUUUGCAAAGUUCAAAGUUAAAGAUUAUUUUCAAGAAACAAUUUCUUUUAGAUAAUAGGAUUAUUUCUUUGAGAAUUUUUUUAUUUUUAUGUUUUUUAAAAAGAUUUUUCCAUGGAUUAACUAAAUUCACAUAAAAUCAUAUUUUUUUAAUACUUUUUUAAUGAAGAAAUUAAAUUCUUUUAAAUUCCUUCUAUUUUCUGUUCUAUACAGCUUUUUGCAUUGAAGUAAUCAUUAAAAAAAACCGAAAAUAAUUUAAAAUUUAACGAAUUUAUGUUCUGAAUAAAAGCUUUUAUUGGCUGAAUCAAUUCUGGUAAAGCUUGCAAGGGAUCAAACCAUGCUGUAAGAUUAAUUUUAAAAAAUCUGAGCUUAUCAUUGUACCAACAACCCCAUUACAUUGUACCAUUGCCUUAUGCUUAAACCUUUAAUCUGUGCUCAUUUACCAUUUAACGACAAAUCGCCACUGUGACGCGAAAAAAAACCAACAAAGACUUAACUUUAAAUAAAAAACAAAUAAAUUCGUACUGACAAAGUCCAAUGCGAAAAGCAAAAAAAAGUGUCCUUUAUUACAACUUAAAAGCUCAAGGAUAUGACGUAAAUUAGGGAACACAAAAAAGUGUUAAUUUUGCUCUGAAAUAAAUAAUUUAAUGCUUGUGCAUUUAUGUAAUAAAUACAUACAUAGUUAGGUAGAUAGAGGUGAUAUAUAGCGUUGUGCAGCAGUAUUAGAAAAUUCUAUUAUUGUAUUGUAUACAACUCUUGUGUGGAGAAAUUGUAUAUAUAACUAUAAUGAAUGAAAUAUAUGUAGGAAUUUCUCUCUAUUA